CAUGCGCAUGGGUUGCACGGGAAGUUUGCUUUCUGUUUAGGAACCGGGCGCCGGAGGCGGCGGCCGGGGUUCUACUGUCGUCGGCGGAACCAACGGCCGGUUUUCACCAAUCACACACAGAUUCCAGAGCCAGACCUGCCUUCAUUGACUGCCCCUUCUGGCCUUUGUAAAGUGGUGAGAAGAUGGUGAAUGUCCUGAAAGGCGUUCUUAUAGAAUGUGACCCAGCCAUGAAGCAGUUCCUGCUGUACUUAGAUGAGUCAAAUGCCCUGGGAAAGAAGUUCAUCAUACAAGAUCUGGAUGAAACUCAUGUUUUUGUAUUGGCCGAGCUGGUUAAUUUCCUCCAGGAGAGAGUGGGCGAGUUAAUGGACCAGAACUCUUUUCCUAUUACACAGAAGUAAGAGUCUAGGAAAGUGAGGCUGGAAUUUGCCGCUCCAAAAUUACAAGCAAUAGAUGUGGAAUUGAUUCUGUUAUUCUUCAAUGUCCAUGGCUGAGGAAGUUCUAGACAAAAGUGGUUACUCAAAUGGAUACUUUCCUUAUUAAGUACUCUUAAACUGAAUUUGAUUUUUCUCAUUUUGAGAUAUGCUCUUGAAUAAAAAUAUACUUUUCAGA